GCUAAAAGACUUGCUAUCAAAAAGGCUCGUAAACUGACUCGAACUUGGCAUUAAUUAUUAUUUCUGCUUGCAGGAUGAAAGAAACCAGAUUUUAACUACGAAUUGUUGGCUUAAUCAGAUCUGGAUGGACUAUGGUCUGUUAUGGAAUCACUCAGACUUCGGAGGCAUUAAAGUUGUUCGGAUACCAGCAGAUAAAGUAUGGCGGCCGGAUAUAAUAUUAUAUAAUAACGCUGAUUCGCAAUAUAAUAACGCCAUUCUAAGCACAAAUGUUAUCGUCUCCUCUGAUGGAAACUUGACAUGGUUAUCCAGCGCCAUCUUUCGGAGCUCAUGCAAAAUAAACGUAGCUUGGUUUCCCUUCGACGAGCAAAAUUGUUCCAUGAAAUUCGCCUCUUGGUCUUACGAUGGAUUCCGGGUCAACGUAGUCAUCCAGACCAAGGAAGGAGAUUUGUCGAAUUACGUGGAGAAUGGAGAAUGGGACCUGAUUACCAUGCUUGUGGAACGAAAUGAAGUCUAUUACUCAUGCUGUCAAGAGCCGUAUCCAGAUGUGACCUUUCACAUCGUCCUCCGCCGUCGACCCCUCUUCUACGUCUUCAAUCUCAUCCUUCCCUGCAUGCUGAUCACGGGCAUUGCCCUGCUCAGCUUCUACAUGCCUUCGGACUCGGGGGAGAAGGUCACCCUGGGCAUCACGACCUUGCUCUCCAUGACCGUCUUCCUCAUGGUAAUCGGGGAGAGCAUGCCGCCCACUUCAGACACAGUGCCGCUCAUUGGGCUUUACUAUGCAGUUGUUAUGACUUUAGUUUCACUUGCAACAGCAAUGUCUGUGGUUACAUUAAACAUCCAUCAUCGAGGCAUCCAUGGAGGAGAAGUCCCUCCUAUGGUUAAAAAGUUUGUCUUUAGCAUUUUGGCUAAAAUUCUCUUCAUACGGGUUGAGUAUCCUGACACAUUUGAUUCAGCCAAUUCGUUGUUUCACAGAGUGCCUACUACAAAGAUUAUGCCAGAACGAGACUACUGUGAAAAUGGUGGCAUUUCUCCAAAGUUUCGCUGUAGCAAUAACUGUAUCACAAAUCUACAUAGAGCAAUUAAAAACCCUAUAGAAAAUUUUGAGAUACAGUUCUUGAAGGUACUGGAAAAGGUCUACCAAACUAUAGAGAGGAAUGAAAUUCGAACAGCUGAACAGGACAGGCGAGACAAAAUCAAAUCAGAGUGGCAGCAAGUGGCUCUCAUUAUCGACAGAUUCUUGCUAUGGGUAUUUAUUAUAUCCACUUUAGGCACAACCUUUGGUAUCCUCUCCAUGUCGCCACACGCUAGAUUAUAUUGAACGUUCUUGGUAGAACAAGUUGGCUGUUCUUAAAAAUGAAAGAAGUCUAUGAAAGCAGAUAAGAAAUCAGAAUCAAAUGAUACCAAAAAAAUCCUUGCAAGCAAUAAACACAAGCAUAAGCCUGCUUUAUGUAUGGCUAAGCAAAAGUAACUGAUACGAUUGAAGAAGAUGGUUGCUUUGAAACAAGUCAAGAUUUUAUGCAGAAACUAGAGGAUUUUGCAUAUUUAAGCAGUGUUUGUCAGAAGAUAUUUUAUAGCUUCGAGUAGAAUGGGAAGAAAUUUUACAGCUGUGACUAACAUCUUGAAGAAGAUCUUCAAGCACAGUCUUUGUUAAAAUUUUGUUUUUGAUUAGUUAUCUAUAUAACAGAGUAAUGUAUUUAUUAUUCAUAUACACAGUUUGAAGGCGAUGCUUUAGAGAGCAAUUAGGCAGCUAGUUCAAUAAUUUUUAAAUCUAACAGGUGGUAACAAGAACAUUAAAUAAUUACUAGAAUGACCAUCAAAAGUUAUAAUUAAUAUGCCUGCUUUUACCUAGAGUUUUGGCUUAGACUGUAGUUACAAUAUAAGAAUUUGUACAAAGCUAAAAAACUGGUUUUUGUUCCUAGGGAAAAGUAUUUUUUUAUAUAUAACUUGCAAAAAUUAAAUUAAAUUGCAACAUGAUAACUUAAUCAGCCAGAAUAUUCAUGGAAAUUUCAGUGAAAAAUAUUAAUAAUUAUAACAAUGUUACCCUAAUCAUUAAUCCUAGAAUCUUUAAUGUACUUUCAAUUGCAUAAAUAGUGUUAACAUAAUUAUUUAUGCAAUUAACACUAUUUAAAAAAAUCUAGGAAUAAUCUAAAUAAUAUGAUUUAUGAGCAAAUUCUAAUCAAUUUGACAACUUCCAUAAAAUCUCACAAUUACCUGUAAUUUUGCAGUAUUAUAGUAUUCAGUAUUACAGCAAUUAUAUCACAUAAUUAAAAUACACAGUUUAAAAAGCCAUUUAUAUUAUUAAAAAAAUAAUAAAUAUAUUUAUUUUAAAAACGAAAUAUGGCUGCAUUUUAUGCAGCUAAAAAGAAAAGAUAGAAAAACUUCUAUUAGAUCAUGCAUGUUAUUUGAUAUUUAUGAACAAAAUUUAUAAUUAGCACAUUUCCAGAGGUUAUUAAUAUAAUUAUGCUUCAUAGAGCAAUAAUAAACAUAAGAUUCCUGUGCUUCAUUUAAGCGAUUAGAAUGAAUGUAUAAAUGAAUCUAGAUCCUGGAUGUACAAGUAUAUAUUGAUAACCAAACUCUAGAAAUAAUUGUCUAGAAAAGAAAUUAGAUUUGUAUAAAUGAAAGUAUAUAUACAUUUACUUUCAUGAUAAAACAAUUUUGUGCAAUAAAGU